UGGUGUAGCUCCACCCCCUGCAUCCGCCAUCUCCUGUUAUUACAUGGGAAGGCGGGCGAAUUUGAAAGAAUAGCAUAUUCGUUUACACCCGAAAACACAGACAUUUGUAUUAUUUGUUUUAUACAAUCCCAUAUAACCGACUAUAUAACAGAUUGGACAGUGUAAGUAAAACUAAGGCACAGCUCUUUUAGUUUACAUGCAAAGUUUUUGUUGUUGUAAUCGUGGCAUCGUAAAUUUCUCGUGUGUUCGUCGUGUUAGCUUAACUUACCGACUAGCAGCAGUUUGCAGUUUCUGGAACUGUAUUGUCUUGCAAGAUGAGCAACAAAACCACACGAUUACCGUCGAGGAAAAGCAGCGAUGAAAUCAGAAAGUCAAAUGGAAAGAGUCCACCACGAAGGAGGUCCUGCAGGUUGUCUGCAAAUGAUGAAAAUCUGGCCAAAGUUGUGGCUCCACCUGUGGCUGUGAAACGGUCAAUCACUGUUAGGAAAAUUGCACCCAGGAAAACUCAGGCCCUGUGUGACAGUAACAAGGAGAAUGUGGAAAGAUUAUCUGAAGUGCCCACAAAGCUGUCCAGAAUCUUGACAUCGUCCCCAGCUGUAGCAACAGUGCCCAAGACAGCUGUCCUCUCGCCCAUCCUGCCUCCUUCAUCUCCAUCUUCUCAGCCCAAAGAAUCGGAGCAGGACCCCGUUUGGUCCCAAAAAGCGCGGCGCUCUUACAGUCGCUUGAGUAUGGGGGACAAGUCCUUUGAAAGCCCCAAAUCCCAUCCUGCACCUUCCACUUCUGUCAACAACCGAGAGACCCUGUUUGGUUUUGAGAGGCUUCAGACACCAGAGGUGAUGCGUAAAACUGAGGGAUCUAGAGUAGCUCCUCUGGGCUCUAUGUCUAUCUCACUGGGUUCUUUCAGCAUCUCCGCUGCUGAUGACAGCACGUCAAACCCACCAGAAAUUGAUCCAAACAUCCCGGGUGUGUCUCUGGGGAAGAAGACAACCAGGCGGAAGCGCGUACAACAGAUAAAGAUGUCAGAGUUGGACAUUCUUGCUGCACAGAUGAAUGCUGAGUUUGAGGAAGCUGAAAGUUUUGAACUGGUUGUUGAAUGAAAUUUCUAAAGAGCCCCACAUGCUCAGGACAUGUCAUACUUUUCAAUUUAUUACUUUUAUUAUUGUUCAUUACACUUACUGCCCUCUGUUUCUUCCUGCUUGCAAAAUCUUAACUAAAAGCAUGUUUCAAUAGAUCGAACAGUUUUGUUGUUCUAAUCAUUUCUCACAAUACCACAAUCAUCAGUAAAUCUCUAAAUGACAAUGUUGAAAAACAUGUUGGUCUUUCUUUGGUUAUUUCAGUGUAUGUUUUUUCAUAUUUGAUGAAUCGAUUUUGUUAAAAACUUUUAUUUUAAUAAAUAGCGUUUUGGAGUAGUAGCCUGUCAGAGUUGAAAGUGUGCAUCCAAAGUGUUUUUCCUAUGGUAAAAUGUCUGCAGACAGGAAGAUCACUGGUACAAUAUGGAAUACUCAUUUCAUGUUACCUUUAUAUUCAUAAAUUCUGUCUGGCUAAAUUUCAUGUUUAAAAAAUAGAUUUAGGUCUUUCCAAAUUAUAGAUUAGUUGAGCUAUAUAUAUAUAUUUUUUAUGGGAACCGAAUGCUAACAGAAAACAGUAUGUUGAGCAAUCAUUGCUGCUUGUUGUAAUUUUACUAUGCUUCACCACUAGAGUGAGCACUUGAUCAUCAUAGUAUUCAUAUGUGCGUAUAUCAUUUACUCUAUGUUCCAACAUGGUUCCAGAACAUUUGUUUUGUGGUAUGCAGUGUGAUCAGCAUGUCAAUACAAUCCAUCCAUCAAUAAUCUAACAGAACCUGAAUGCAGCUGGAGUGGAUCAGCGCAUGCUGAAGAGUUUGUGAGAGACUGAUCUGAAGAUCUGUUGACAUGCUGCAGCUAAACUGAUUGAGCUUUGCUGCCAUCCAUAUAUAUAUAUAUAUA